CUUUAUAAUAUUAUCAGCUUCCGACUCUAAAACACUGAAGCUUUGAAGAACUUACCAUUGUGGACUUAUCCACGAACAGCAGCAUGAAUAUUCAACCGACUGAAAUAGCCGUUGAUUUGCGGACAUAUAACACUAUACCAACAGAAUGUUUAGGCCAAGGAGCAAUACAAGCAUAUGAUUUGUCCCAAUUAUGCUGUCGUCAACAAACACGGAACGACCGUCUAUCAACAGUACAUCGACAAUUAAAACGUCGAAAAGAAUUCGAAAAUAUAUUCGAUGGUGAACUAAAAAAAUUAAAAUUGGACGAACCCAUAACGCCAGUGCCUGAAGCGGACCCACGAAAUCAAGUAGAAAUACCGAUGGUACAGAUACCAUACAAUUAUUAUAGAAUACUAGCUAUUAAAGCGGAGCCACUUGACGAUUUGGAAGCAUCAAAUAUCUUAAAUAUACUUGAGAAAUCAUCUUCUUUGAUAAUGCAGACAGCAGCAGCUAUUAAAGAGGAGCCACUGCAGGUAUUAGACACGACCAACAAUUUAAAUGUGGACCAAUCGGUAUUCGAGGCAUCGAACCCGUCGUUAAAACAAACAGUAUUAGAAAAACCAAUUGUCGAAUUAAACCCAAAAAAUUUCUCAAAUGGCGGGGACUCGUGCUUCAUGACAUCAUAUUCCUCAGCUAUUGGAGAAGAGCCAAUCAACGAUUUCCAUUCAUCGAAUACCUCAAAUACAAGGAACCCGCUUUCCGAGACAUCAUCUUCUUCAUUGAUACAGCCAGUGUUAGCUACUGAAGAGACUCCAACCGACAGAAUGGAAGCAGCGUGUGAUAUAUCAUCCUCUCCAUUAAUUAUUGAUUGUUUCCAACUAGGUCCAAAUGGCACAUACAUAAUCGAAGAACAAUUGCUGAAUAUCAACUGGACGGAAGUAUCAAUCACCACGCGGCAGCUUUUAAGUGUCAUUUUUGAUCGCGUAACUCUUGCGACGCACACACUGAGUGGCAAGCCCUCGUCUGCUUUUCUAGACCGUGAUCGCCCACUCAAGGGUCAGUUAGAUAAGCUGAAAGUGGCUGAUGUGAUAUAUUUCCUCAAACUGCUUUUCAAUUGUCCGGAACGUGUAAUCCGAAAUGCAAUCACAAUGAAAUGUGCGGACACCGCAAAAGCCAUACGAAGGAAGUGCUUAUAGAAAGCUAAUUUAGAUAAAUUCUUGUAAUACCUUAUAUUUGUAUAUAAGCUAUGAUAUUAUAUAUGUAAAUAAUUUUUGAAGUAACAAUAAAAUAUUAAACUCUCGAAAAUAUAU